ACUCCGCGUCGUUAGAUGGCGCUGGUGUUACAUGAGUAUCGAUCUCAGCGGCUGAGAAGAAGACAACGUGCCAGUAGUCGCCUUGCGGCUCACAUGUUUACAAGAAACCAGGCGAUGGAUUCUUUAAAGAAAAAUAAAAUAUCUACGAGUCUCCAGCAAGACUCUCAUCCUGACGCCCAAGAAGAGGAAGCUACAGACUUUUGCUCCGGUUUCAAAGACGUCGAUGCUUUUGUCAAAUAUGGAUUGGGUUCAGUAUUGUCAGCCACCAAAGCAUCUGCUGGCUUGCCUCAAGCUGGAGACGAUUUUGAUUUUUAUCGCAGCUUCCCUGGUUUCCGGGAAUUCUGUGGAGUUCAAGGAGAUAAGCUUUUGUUCUGCAUGAGUCAGAUAAUGCAGCAUCACAAUUGCCGAUCUCGUAUGAGAGACCGCCACAAGAUCACUGACCUGGAGGAAAGGUUUGACAUGGUUGUGGACUCCAAUGAUGUCAUCUUAGAGAAAGUGGGGAUUCUUCUGGAUGAGGCUGAUGGUGUGAACAGGAGCCAGCAGCCUGUCAUGCCAGCUGGCUUUCUGCCUCCUAAGAUUGUCGUUUCCAGCUGGAAUCGCAAGGGUUCGAGCUCUGGCAGUCGUGCCGAGACCUUCAGGCUGCUCCAAGCAAAGAAUAUUCCACGGCCGCAACUGAAAUUCAAAGAAAAGGUUGACAACAGCAACACACCGUUUAUUCCCAAGAUCUUCAUCAAGCCCAACGCGCAGAAACCUCUUCCAUCUUAUUUUACCAACAAACAAAUCCGCAAAGAGAGACCAGAAGAUCUUGACAUCCCAGCAGCACUGGCGGACUUCAUUCACCUGCAGAGAACCCAAGAGCAUGUAGAAGACAUGUUUGCACACCCGUACCAAUAUGAACUGGAUCAUCUUACAGUACCUGAAAACCUUCUAUCCAAGCCUGAGCCACAGAUGUACAAGCCAAUAGAAGAGACAAGGUGCUCCUUCGUUGACACACUGUGUGAUCUGGUGGCUUUGAAUGAGAAGCUGAAUGAGGUGUCUGAAUUUGCAGUGGACCUUGAGCACCAUUCCUACAGGAGCUUCCUAGGAAUCACGUGUCUGAUGCAGAUCUCCACCAGAGAGGAGGACUUCAUUAUAGACACCUUGGAGCUCCGCAGUGAGAUGUACAUUCUCAACGAGGCCUUCACCAACCAGUCUAUAGUCAAAGUGUUUCAUGGCGCAGAUUCUGACAUCGAGUGGCUCCAGAGAGACUUUGGCCUGUAUGUGGUCAACCUGUUUGACACGCACCAGGCCAGUCGAGCAUUAAACCUGGCCAGACAUUCACUCGACCACCUGCUCAAGCACUUCUGCUGCGUGGAUUCAGAUAAACGCUAUCAGCUUGCUGACUGGAGGAUCCGGCCCUUACCAGAUGAGAUGUCCCAGUACGCUCGCAGUGACACCCACUAUCUCCUUUACAUCUACGACUGCACAAGGGCACAGCUUUUGGACGUCAACCAUGGCCAGCCUGGUCUGCUGCAGUCUGUCUGGAACAGAAGCAAAGAUGUUUCCCUUAAGAAAUAUGCAAAGCCAAUAUUCACAGAGGAGUCGUAUCUGGAGGUUCAGAGGAAGCAGAAGAAGUCUUUUAACACCCAGCAGCUGACUGCCUUCAGACUGCUGUUUGCCUGGAGGGACAAGCUGGCUCGGCAGGAAGAUGAAAGCACUGGAUAUGUCCUGCCCACUCACAUGAUGAGGAAAAUAUCUGAAGAGUUGCCAAAAGAGCCUCAGGGCAUCAUUGCUUGCUGUAACCCGGUCCCACCACUAGUGAGGCAGCAGGUCAACGAGCUCCAUUUGCUAGUGCAGGAGGCUCGAGAAAUGCCUCUCCUCAAAGCUGAGGUCGCAGUGCAAAAAACAAAAGGACUCUUACCAAUCAAAAAGCCUGAGGUUAGGUUAUUUGGUCCACAUGAUACAUCUCGGGUCCCUGAGAGCAAUAUCAGUCACAUCGCUACUGAUGAACUGCCUGUUAAACAAGGAGUGCUCUUCUGUGAUGACCACAAAUCUGAUGCAGAUCUUCUGGAAAUAAGCAGUCUUAUGUCAUCUGCCAAAAUCUCAUUGUUUGAGGAGCCUGAAAGGAAUGAAUGCCAAGAUUCUCUCUCUGUGGCUCAAAAGAAAGCCAGGCAAAUCAUUGAGUCUUUUGAAAACCCUUUCAGGAUGUACCUGCCUUCUAAUGAUGUCCAUAUCAGUGAGAAUGCAAAGUCUGACCCUUCUUCAAAGAUUUUCGAGAUCAGUAGAAGAUGGAAACUGCAGAGUAUGGAACAGCAGCAGCAAGACCUGGAGUCAAAGAUGAAAGCCAAGAAGAAAGCACAGGAAAAAGCAAAGAAAGCAAGAGAGGAAAGAAAUAAGGCUCAGGAAAGCUACGAAGAGUCCCUGAAGAAUGUGCCCACAGUGCGUCAGCAGGCAGCCGAAUGUGCAAAAAUGGAAGGAAAGAAGCGCGAGAGGGCCCCGAGUGAGGCUGGAGAUUCGACUUCUAUACAGAAUAAGAAACUAAAAACUGCACAGAAGACCAAAAAGCCAGAACCUAUUCCUCAAGACACAUUUGAACCCUUUGACUACAGUCAGUCAGACCUCAAAGUCUUUUCUGGUACUAAGGCAAAGGACAACGCACAGUUUGAUCCCAACAGACAAAGCCGCGACUUUAAGAAAAAGAAAUUUGCAGGUGGGAAAAAAAAUAAUGCUGGUGCUGGGAAAAGUAUGUCAUACAUUGCUGGAAGAUCUGACAGAGGAUUUCGCCACAACUGGCCCAAAAGAUAGACCAGCCUGAGAGCAUUUUUUGAUAUAGGUUGAACUCCUUCUUUUCCACCCUUGACCUAAAUGUUUCAUAAAUGUAACCCCCCCCACUCCCCCAAAUUGUGGAAUUGCUUACCCUGUAUUUGUAUUAAAAAUGUAAAGUUUUGUUUUAAUUGA